AACAUAACCACCAACAAUCAAGUUACAAAAUUAAUUGCAAUUCCAGCACCUACCUCACAAGAAUUGAGUAUUUCAGAGUUCAACAAAACCUUGCAAGCAGUAAGUGAGUCCUCUGUUAUGGAAUGCAGUGCAGAAAACCAGAGUAUACACUGCAGUUUCAUAAUGAGGCUGGCUGAGAGAAAGAAUAUAAGUAGUUUAACAGACAAAGUAGAAAUAAGCCAACUUGAACGGUGCUGCUGUUCAUCACUGAAAUAUUGUUCCUUGACUGCUGAAGAAUUACAAAUGUAUACUAUACAAGUGCCACCUCAUUCUAUAUGGGUUCCUUUCCCUCAUUCUCCUUCUCUCCCUAAAAAGACUUUCCCCAAACCUUUUAUUUCCCCCACACUGCUUUCUACCAAAGCAAGCCCCACAAUUAGACCACUGAUCCCACCAUUCACAGAAAUUUAUUUUUCUGGAACUCUCUCCACAUCUCCCACUACAAAUCCUCUCUCUGAAACUUCUGUCACGUCUACUAUUGAAACUUCUGUGUCUUCCACCAGUGUUACCACUACACUCUCCUCUUCUGAGUCUCCUGCUCAACCUGGUGUGCUAAGUUCUCCUUCCAUAGCUUCUGAUAAAUCUGUCACUAUUUCCACACCUGCAACAAAAUCUGUCACUAAUGCUGCUUUCUCAGUUAAAUCUGAUGCUGCAUAUCUUAGCAAGCCUAUUACAAUAGUUUCUCCUUCUGUAGGUUUCACUAAACAUUCUGCAGUUUCCUCUUCUGAGCUUCUCCCCAAACCUUCAAGAGCAAUUCCCCACUUUGAGACUACCACCAAAUCUGUGGCACAAAUUCAUCCUGCUACAGAUUUGACCCAACCUAUUUCUGGUAACAAAAAUGUUACCACAGCACCUAUUCUUCCCCUUACUCCUUUCACAAUAACUUUGACCCCUACUAUUAGUCCUAUCAACCAUUCUGUCUCAGCUUCUCAUCCUCAUUCUACUGCUGAUAGCCAUGGUAGCCUGCCUAAUGGGAGCACAGGAAAGAUACUAUCGGUCGCUGCAUAUACAACUUCUGUAUAUACCACCAUUAGUAUCACCACAGCAGAGCAAAUCGUGUCCAAAAUAGAAAAUGAUUUAGCAGCUGGAAAAGUAGAGCCAGAAGAUGUAGAAAGGAUGGUUAGUGAGGUUAGCAAAGUCCUGACUGCUUCUCAACCGUUACCACCCCGAAUUUCUAACAGAAUUAUAAAACUAGUGGAUUAUAUUGGCUUAAAACUGAACUUUUCAUCAAUGUCUGCUGAAUUUGCCUCUCCGUCCUUGGCUCUGGCAGUUGUCAAAACCAGUAGCAUCCGCUCCAAACAACUGUCUUUUGCUGUCCAGGACUCAGCUGAUCUCCAGAUCUCUCUAGGCAUUAACGCAAUUCAUGAUCUAAAUAAUCUCGGAUCAGUUACACUUCCUUCAUCAUUGCUGACAAAUUUACCCCCUGAAGAGUUGGACUUGGCUUCUAGAAUUAUAUUCAACUUCUUUAAAAAGACCACUGUGUUCCAGGAUCUGUCUUUAAAGAACGCAUCUUUAAUCAGCAAUGUUAUAUCAUCUAGUGUUGCUAACCUCACAAUUAGCAACUUAAAGGCAAAUGUUACUGUCACUUUACAGAAUAUCAAACCUAAUCAGGAUAAUUCAACAGUUAGAUGUGUUUUUUGGGACUUUAAUAAAAAUGGUGGACAUGGAGGCUGGUCAUAUGAAGGUUGCAUAGUUAAAGAAAGUAGAGUAAAUGAAACAGUCUGUUCAUGCAACCACCUCACAAGCUUUGCAGUUUUGAUGAACUUGUAUGGAAAUACUCCUUUGAAUCCCACACAAGAAUUGGUACUGACUUUUAUAUCGUAUAUAGGCUGUGGCCUCUCUGCAAUUUUUCUUUCUAUUACUCUUGUGACCUACAUAGCCUUUGAGAAAAUCCGGAGAGACUACCCUUCCAAAAUCCUUAUUCAGCUGUGUGCUGCCUUACUUCUACUCAACUUAGUUUUUCUCCUUGACUCAUGGAUUGCACUGUAUGAUACACGAGGCCUGUGCAUUGCAGUUGCAGUAUUUCUUCACUACUUUCUCUUGGUUUCCUUCACCUGGAUGGGACUAGAAGCUUUCCACAUGUAUCUGGCCCUUGUGAAAGUCUUUAAUACCUAUGUACGGAAAUACAUUCUUAAAUUUUGCAUUGUUGGUUGGGGGUUACCAGCAGUAGUUGUGUCCCUUGUGUUGGCAGUAUCGCCAGAUAAUUAUGGACUUAUAACCACUGGAAAGGUUUCAGUAAACAGACCUGAUGAAUUCUGCUGGAUUAAAAAUAGAAUUGUCUUCUACAUUACUGCUGUGGGAUACUUUUGCCUGAUAUUCCUCAUCAAUAUCAGCAUGUUCAUUGUUGUGCUGAUCCAGCUCUGUCGUAUCAAAAAGAAAAAACAACUUGGUGCUCAAAGAAAAACAAGUAUUCAAGACCUUAGGAGUGUUGCUGGCCUCACAUUCUUGUUGGGAAUUACUUGGGGAUUUGCUUUCUUCACAGUAAAUGAGGUAUUUACUUACCUCUUUACCAUUUUCAACACUUUGCAAGGAUUCUUCAUUUUUAUCUUCUAUUGUGUUACAAAGGAGAAUGUCCGUAAACAGUGGAGAAGAUAUCUCUGUUGUGGGAAAUUCAGGCUGGCUGAAAACUCUGACUGGAGUAGAACUGCUACUAAUGGUUUAAAGAAGCAGGCUAUAAAUCAAGGAGUAUCCAGUUCUUCCAAUUCCUUACAAUCAAACAGUAACUCCACUAACUCUACAACACUGCUAAUGAAUAAUGAUUAUUCAGUGCACGCAAAUGGAAAUGGCCAUCUUGCUGGUGAGAAGAAUGGUGUUUCUUUCAGCUUGCAGAAUGGUGAUGUGUGUCUCCAUGACUUUUCAGGCAAACAACUUGUAUUUCAAGAAAAGGAUGAUAUAGGCAGCCAAAAAAGCCACACCUCGCUCAGAAGGACUUCAAAGAGGGGAAGUCUAAGUUUUCUUGAAAAAAUGUGA